AUAGGGACCCAACAGAAUAUAACUGAGAUACUCAGAUCUGUUUUUCCUCAAGGAGCAUUGGUGAGAGAGAGAGAGAGAGAGAGAGAGAGAGAGAGAGAGAGAAGAUGUGUGGGACAGAGAAUGCGGCUCUCGUUAACAAAUGCUCCUUGACCUCCACUGCCAAGGAGAAUGGCAGUACUAGGACCACCCUCUCUUCUGAUGCUGUCAUCAAUCUCGACCACGGUGAUCCAAUGAUUUUCGAGUCUUACUGGCAAGAAACGGGUGACAAGUGCACGUUUGUGAUACCGGGCUGUCAAUCGCUGAGCUACUUCGCAAACAGAAACAACCUGUGCUGGUUUUUGGAGCCAGAAUUGGAGGAAGAGAUCAAGCAGUUGCACCGUGUGGUGGGGAAUGCGGCGGUGGAAGACCACCAUGUGGUGGUGGGGACCGGUUCAACCCAACUUAUUCAGGCUGCAUUAUACGCUCUCUCGCCUCCUGAUGAGUCCGAGCCCACUAGUGUGCUGUCUGCUACUCCUUACUACUCGUGCUAUCCAGAAGUAACAGACUUUUUGAGGUCAGGUCUCUAUAAGUGGGCAGGUGAUGCCCGCGCCUUUGACAAGGAUGGACCUUACAUAGAGUUUGUGACCUCACCAAGCAACCCGGAUGGCAGCAUCCGAGAAGCCAUAGUCAAAAAAGGCCAAGGAAAGGUUGUGCAUGACCUAGCCUACUACUGGCCCCAAUACACUCCAAUCACUUGCUGUGCCCAUUUUGAUGUUAUGCUCUUCACUGCUUCCAAAUGCACUGGUCAUGCUGGUUCUCGCAUCGGAUGGGCUCUUGUGAAGGACAAAGAUGUGGCUAGAAAGAUGACAAAAUUCAUAGAGAUCAGCACAAUUGGAGUUUCAAAAGAAGCCCAACUCCGAUCUGCAAAGAUCAUGGGAGUCAUUUCUGAUAGCUGCCUUCAUCAUCCCAACUCGAACAACUUCUUCGAGUACUGUCAACGUCUAAUGGCUGAAAGAUGGGGAAAACUAAAAGAAGUCGUGGGGCGCAGUAAAAUCUUCACCCUUCCGGAGUACCCACCAGAAUACUGCCUCUUUACCGGAGAGUUCAGCAAAGCACAUCCCGCGUUUGCAUGGAUGAAGUGCAACAAGAAUAUAGAGGACUUUGAGAAGUUCCUUAGAGCACAGAAGGUUCUGGCAAGAAGUGGGAGGCGUUUCGGGAGCGACCCGAAGUUUGUUAGGGUUAGUAUGCUGAGUAAGGAAGAGGAAUUUGAGAUCUUUCUACAUAGGUUGUUGUCUAUCCAAGGAACUAGUAAUUGAUAUCAUGCUAGUAUUUAUUAGUAAAGCACAAUUUAUGAACUCAAAUGUUAAGUUUAUUCUGUACCCUGCAAGGCAUGAACCAAUACUGCUUGUAGUAUGGAAGCAGUAUUGGUUCGCCUAGGCAGUAUGUGCUCUGGAGCCUCCUUGUGGAUGUGUUUCAGUCUAGGUUUUGGUAGUUUUGGUUCAUUCCUGUAUUUUUUGAUGGAAUCUUUGUAGCCUUCGGGCUUUACCUUCGGGUAUUUUGAAAUGAAUUGCUUGACUUAUCAAAAAAAAAAAAAAA